AUGGCUGCUGCUGAUAUUAUCUCAUUGACUGAUCAAAUUAAGCAAGAGGUCUCGUUUGAGCCUUCUACAUCUGGUCAUGGUCAUGCUCGUCUUCUUCAACUUGUCGAUGAGCUGAAGUUGGCUAUUGAGACUCCUACUGAGACCGUUCUCAGGUUGAUCUACCAGCCACCAGAGAAUGCAGCCCUGCGUACUGUGGUGGACCUGGGUAUCUUCCCAAUUCUUGUGAAAGAUGGACAGAAGGACGGCCUCUCCGCAGCAGAUAUUGCUGUGUGCACCGGCACUGAUAAAGGAUUGAUCGUCCGUUUAAUGCGAGUAAUGACGGCCCUUGGUCUCUGUGAAAGUACCGAGGCAGAAGUAUACCGGCCCACCGACAAGUCCAUCUCGAUGACCCAGCCAAUUGGUCAAGAUGGUAUCCCCUGCAUCUAUGACCUGACUGUCCCGACCCUCACCAAACUCCCCGAAUACCUCCGUGAACACAAUUACAUCAACCCUGAAGAAUACAGCUCAUCUCCCAUGAAAUGGGCCGUGGGCCAAAGCCAAUUCGAAUGGCUCGCGAGGAACAAGAGACAUCAAGAUCUCUUUAAUUCAUACAUGUCCAGCCGGCGCGAAGGCAGGCCAAACUGGUUUGAUGUCUACCCUCUGGCAAGUCUAGUCGACGGCACAGUCUCACAUCCCGACUCGGUAUUCCUCGUGGAUAUUGGCGGCAAUCAAGGCCAUGAUCUCGGCAGGUUUGUUGCUCAGCACAAGACCGUACCCGGCCGUGUUAUCCUGCAAGAUCUGCCAAAGAUUGUCUCAGGUGUCAACAAGCCGAGCAUUGAGACGAUGGGGUAUAGCUUUUUGGACCCACAGCCUAUAAAGGGGGCGCGUGCCUAUUACUUCCGAGCAAUCUUCCACGACUGGCCCGACCAUAUUUGCCAGAAGAUUCUUUUGAACACUGUUUCGGCAAUGGAUCCUACCUAUUCGCGCAUCAUAAUCGUCGACUUCGUGCUUCCUGACACCAAUGCGCCCCGUAUGCAAGCUGCGAUGGACAUCCAAAUGAUGAGCAUUGGUGCCGGUGUAGAAAGAUCAAAGCGGCAAUGGACGGAGCUUUUGGCCAGUGCCGGGCUGAAGAUUAACGGGAUUUGGAAUACCAGUCCGGGAAUGGAGUCGAUUAUUGAAGCCGUUCCGGACUUAGGUGGAUUGGAGGGAGUUGAAUGA